AGAGAGGACAGGAGCACGCGUGUCUCUGUACUACUGCAGACAGAGUUGCAGAUAACUGGGCGAGUGAACAGCAAGGAGGGACGGGGAAUCCUCACACAGGUGACUUCAGUGUUUGCGUUUAAAGAAUUUGGCUACCAUCAGAAACUAAGAUACUGAGCCAUCAUGCAUUUUAACCUGUUUAAAAAAGCUGAGGCUCCACCGCCUGAAACGCAUACAAUGCCAACAAGUACAGAACCACCGGUUGUAUCACAAGAUAACUCUACAGCUGUGGCUGGCUCUGGUGACAAGAGUGCAGAUACCUUCAGAAAAAUCCAGCAGGAGCUAAUGAAUCAGAUCAACAAGAUCCCAUUGCCACCCUGGGCCCUCAUAGCAAUAGCAGUCGUGGCUGGGCUGCUGAUCAUUACCUGCUGCUUCUGUAUCUGUAAGAAAUGUUGCUGCAAGAAGAAGAAAGGAAAGAAAGAGAAAGGAAAGGGGAUGAAAAAUGCACUCAAUAUGAAGGAUAUGAAAGGAUCUGGGGGGCAGAAUGCGAAGGAUGAUGAUGAUGAUGCAGAGACUGGAUUAACUGAAGGAGAAGAUAAAGAGGAAGAGGAGAAAGAAGAGGAGAAGCUUGGAAAGUUGCAAUUUUCAUUGGACUAUGACUUUCAAAAUAACCAGAUGCAAGUGGGUAUCAUUCAGGCAACUGAACUUCCAGCGUUAGACAUGGGGGGAACGUCUGACCCUUAUGUGAAGGUUUUCUUUCUACCAGACAAGAAAAAGAAGCACGAGACCAAAGUGCAUCGCAAGACACUCAACCCAAUUUUCAAUGAGACAUUUACAUUUAAGAUUCCGUACCAAGAGCUAGGAGGGAAGACUUUGUGUAUGUCCAUCUAUGAUUUUGAUCGAUUUUCCAAGCAUGAUAUCAUAGGAGAAGUAAAGGUUCCUAUGAACACUGUUGACUUAGGUCAGCCAAUUGAAGAAUGGAGAGACUUACAGAGUGCAGAGAAAGAGGAGCCUGAAAAGUUGGGAGAUAUCUGCAUCUCUCUGCGUUACGUUCCCACUGCUGGGAAACUGACUGUCUGCAUACUUGAAGCAAAAAAUUUAAAAAAGAUGGAUGUAGGAGGAUUGUCAGACCCUUAUGUAAAGAUUCAUUUGAUGCAAAAUGGAAAAAGACUAAAAAAGAAGAAGACAACAGUGAAAAAGAAGACUCUAAAUCCAUACUUUAAUGAGUCAUUUAGCUUUGAGAUACCUUUUGAGCAGAUCCAGAAAGUGCAAGUUGUAAUCACUGUUUUGGAUUAUGACAAACUGGGUAAGAAUGAAGCUAUUGGUAAAAUCUUCGUUGGAUGCAAUGCCUCUGGAACUGAACUCCGACACUGGUCUGACAUGCUGGCAAAUCCACGGCGCCCAAUUGCCCAGUGGCACCCUCUCAAGCCUGAGGAGGAAGUGGACAUUGCACUGGGGUCCAAGAAAUAAAUGCUUGAAACAUAAACACGCACCUCCCCCUUAGUUCCCUUUCCUUUUCUCUCACACUCUGCUGUGCAGACUAAGAAUUUAAUAGCACCUUCUACUCACCCACCCAGCUUUUCCCACCACACAGCAAUCAAGAUGUAUUGAGGGCACAAAGAACGGCAAUGGAUUGCGCCUUUUUUUUUUUUUUUGGCUGCAAAAGGCAGCUAAAUCCUUCUGGUCAUGAUUUAUUAUUGGGAGCAUUUCUUUAUGGUAACCAAGUUCUUGAAGAUAAUCAGAGAUAUUUGAUGGUCGGAAGGUUCUACUAAAUCUUGCAACAUGAAGCGUUUCCAAGAAAAAUAUUUAUUUUAGGAUCAAUAUAAUUUUUAUUUUAUAUUCUAAAUUACAGUUAAGAUUGAGGCUAUUUCAGAGGUCUUCCAAAGAACACUGACAUUUACCUAUUACCUAAUUUAAAAAGCCAGAUAUUAUUGGAUAUUUAUCUCUUGUAGAAAGAACUGAUGGAAGAAAACUGAAGUUAAACACAGGAAAGUUCAUUGUACACGUGAUUUGAAAACUUACUGCAUGUAAAUAUAUGUUUUUCAUCCUGCAAUAAUAUAAAUCUAGAUAUUUUAAUACUAGCUUAUUUUAUCUGGAAGACAUUAUUCUAAGAAUGUUUAAAUGCAUUUUAGUUGUUUAGUUUAGUUGUCUGUUUUGCUGUAACAAAAAGUUUCAAAUUCAUUGGUAGGUGUAUCCAUAAUUUUAUGAAAUUUAUCAGCAAAUUGUUGCAGCAGAUUUCUGGGGAUGGCAGGCAUCAAGGGACAGGAUCAUUGCCUUGUUGCACAAACCUGAUGAAUGACCCUGUAUUAAUGUAAAUUGCGUUAUAAGGGACAAUGAUCCAAUUUUUAUUUCAACUAGAAAACCUCUUCAACUUAACAUCUUUGAAUGUAAGAUGUACAAAAUCAAUUGUCUUCCAUAACUCUGUAAAGUAAAAAAAGACAGUGUCAAUGUUUGUGUGUUGGGAGAAAGUAUUAUAAGAAUGUAUUUU